CUGUAGGUUUUCACACUUCCCGGGAAGUCUGACAAAAGGGAAUGCUCAGGUGUGCUAACUGUGGCGUGGCUACUUCUCCUCAAAGUUGUAGCAGCUCAGCCAUUGUUGGUGGUGGCACUUCAGGAGUCUUGGUUCAUCUUAUCUCAGGAUCAUUCUCCUUGGAAGCCCCAAGUGAGAGCCGUUCUUCUCAACAUUGCUCUCGUUCUGGGAUGGAUGUGUAGUCCUAUGCCGUUUUCAAUGCGUAGACAGUCUCAUGUAGCUGAAAGAGAAUAUUUGAGUGGAGGAAGAAAAGCAAAUCUCCAUAGACUGAAGAAAGGAAAGCAAACUGCAUACAUGUGAAUGUAGAUCAGGAAGGACUCCAGCUCAGAUGUAGACCUAGAUAGACAACAAAUCAGAAAACUCGGAAUCUGGAAUACGCUUUUAGCAUUUGACAACUAUGGCUGCGUAAAAUGCAGCCUAUUACAGAAUUGCCUUUGAAGAUCCAACCUUUUUACGUAAACCUUGCUCGAAUUUCGUCUACCUUGUUCUCAAGAGACCGGACAUUGGCAAGUGGUAUACUCGGGCUCACCGCUCCUGUCUACGGAGCCUGACCAGAAGACCGCUCUGUCUGCCCCUUCUGCGGCGUCGUUGUUUUGGGUUGCCUACUGGGAGCCGAUCCAUUGUCCUGGGUGGUGGUCCAAACCGAGGAUCCGCUUCAGGAAAGUCGUAUUCCUGGUCGUAAUGUUGGGUUGAUGGAGCCAGACAUGGAUUAAACUAAGUACUGUGACACAACAUCUGUAAAGAAGAGAGGAGGAGAGACGUCAAGAACAGAAACAUCUGUAAAUCUCUAAGGGUUCCCUAAUCUGCAUAUUCAUACCGCGGGAACCACAGACUGUUUGUGGUUUGACAUCUUGUGACUGUCAUUGACACAACAGACCAAACUCAUCAUAAUGGAAUCUCUCUCACAACAAGAGUCCAUUCUAGAUUGUCAGAUCUCACAACAAGACUCCAUGUUAGAAUGUCAGAUCUGUUUCAACUAUUACAGUUCGUGGCAUAGGCCCAAGCUUCUGGACUGCCAGCACACCUGCUGCUCAGUGUGCUUGACCCAGAUGAGGAUGAGCCAGAGCGAGCUGCGCUGCCCCUGGUGUCGCUGUGUCACCACUUUGCCCCCAGGGGUCUCUGUCUCCCAACUCCGAGAUGACCCGGACACUAUGGCCAUCAUCUCUGUCCCAUACACACCUGUCUUCAUACGGCUGCCGUGUAACGCCUACCUUCCAGUAGAACACCAUGAUAGGGGUACAGGGAUGGAGGAGGAACAUGGAAUGAGGGAAGGGGAGGAAGGUAGUUGUAAGAGCGCAUUUGGGACCAGGUUCUGCUUAGGGGCUGUUGUGGGAUUUGUCCUACUCUUACUUGGGUACAUCAUACUGCACAGCAUGACCUGCAACUCAGAACGGUUCACCAUGAUAUCCUGUGGCUGAAAGACAUGAUGAUGAUGAUAAUAAUAAGCUAUUUGGCAUCUUUAUAUCUCACUCCCCAAAAUUACAGGACAUUGUCACAAUGCCAGCAUUCAGGCUAUUUCUUAACCACAAAUAGUACUGCCAUACUGAGUAAGGAAAUGGUUGCCAUACUUUGUAUUUCGAAUGUGUUCAGAUAUAUUGAAUCAUUAUUUAUUUAUUUUUUUCAAAUGAUUUCUCAUGUCUUUGUGCAAUAGACAGUUAAAAAAUUAAACCAAUCGCCAUUAUGCUUCUCUCUUGUGAUUCACCCAGAAAAGCACAAAUCAAAUGUUAUAGUCACAUACACAUUUAGCAGAUGUUAUUGUGGGUGUUGCGAAAGGCUUACUUGUGUUAAUUCAUAUGAAAAACUGACCCAUUUUUAGAGGUCUGUGAUUUGUAUUUCUUCAAGUCUUCCUUUUCACCUACAGAUGACGCUAUUUGACUUUUUUAGUGACAUUUUAAUCUUUAGGUCCCACACAAUCAAGGCUCUAAAUUAAUAUUUUUAAGAUGGAAGAACUGUCAGAGAAGCAAAAACGUUUUUGCCCAUCAAGACCUGAAUCCAGACCGCUGUCAAUACAGGGUUUACUCUAAUCAUUUCAUCACUGGUAAGUCAAGUCUGAUCGAUUUCAAGUUUAAUUUCACUGUUUUGCUAACCAUGUGUUAGCCAAAAUUAGCUAGGCUGGAUAGCUUGUAGUCUAGUCACAAGCAUGUGUCGCUUGGGUUUCAAGUUUUGGGGAAGCACUAUUUUUUUUUUUACCAUUAAAAAUGCCCCUUUUAUAACAUGCCUCUAGCAUUGCAUUUGCCGACUAAUGUAAACCUACUAUUCCUAAUGUGAUGAAUAGAUUGGAUAGUGAUGAUUUAUGCUAUUAAUAAACACAUAGUGGCAUAGGCUA